AUGCAAUCCCAGUCCUCGGCAGCCAACCUGCACAGAGUGCGCGCAAAGAAAGAACACAAGAAAGAUACCACAGAAUGGCACAAACUCCACACGUCCACAUCCGCCCUCGCCAACACGCCUAUAUUUAGCCGCGACGGUGGCUUAGAUAUGCCUGGCCCCACGAGCUCAGGCGCGGAGCCAAUAGAACCGAGCAUGUUGGGGCGACACGCGGACAUUUUGAAGCAGGUUCUCCCGCGCGGCAUUGAUGAGACAAUAGGCGUGUAUAAUGCCGCGUCUUUAUUUCCGGACAGCUCGCCCGUAAGCUCGGAGGCGAAGGCUCAGCCCGGGAGAGUCAAGCUCAGGGAAGAGGUUGGGGAGAUGGCUAGAGAUAGGGUGAAGGCAAUAGAAGAGAAUGGGGCGGCGAAUCAGGAGACGCAGUUGCCGAUGUUUGGGAGGGAGGAGUAG